AUGAGACUUAAUCCAGAAAAGUGUGCCUUUGGUGUCCAAGGCGGUAAAUUCCUCGGUUUCAUUCUCACUAGUCGAGGAAUCGAAGCAAAUCCGGAAAAAUGUCAGGCGAUCCUCGACAUGCAUAGUCCCACAACUAUCAAAGAGGUGCAGCGACUGACAGGACGACUAGCAGCACUCUCCAGAUUCCUGCCAUGUCUGGCGUCUAAAUUGGCAAGUUUUUUCCAAUGUUUACGAAACAACACGGCUUUCCACUGGGACGAAGACUGCGAAUUCGCAUUUCAAGGAUUAAAGCAAUUCCUUUCUAAACCACCUGUUUUGCAAAAACCUAAGGUUGGCGAGACAUUAUAUUUAUAUUUAUCUAUCACUGAUAUAGCAGUUAGUGCUGUUCUUGUUGCAGAAAACGAUAAAACACAACAGCCAGUUUACUUUGUAAGCAAAUCACUUCAGAAUGCCGAGCUUCGUUACCCGAAGCUAGAGAAGUUGGCAUAUGCUCUCGUCUUUUCAGCAAGAAGACUUCGUCCUUAUUUUCAGAGUCAUACAAUCAAAGUCAGAACCUCUCAGCCACUGCGACAAAUCCUCGCCAGGCCCGAGCUUGCAGGGAGACUGAUUAAGUGGUCAAUUGAACUCUCAGAGUUCGAUAUUCAGUAUCAACCUAGAUCAUCGGUGAAGUCACAGUAUUUAGCCGAUUUUGUUGCUGAAUUUACAGGAUCAGACCCAAAUGAAGAUACCGAAAAUUGGGUAUUAUUCGUCGAUGGAGCAUCAAACCCCCAGGGAUCUGGUGCAGGGAUACUCUUGGAGAGCCCCGAAGGAGUUAUUAUUGAACAUUCUCUUCGGUUUUCCUUUAAAGCUAGCAACAAUCAGGCCGAAUACGAAGCCUUCAUUGCAGGGCUCAGAGAUCAGAAUCACAAGGCAGAUAUAUUAUCUAAGUUAGCUUCAAGUCAGUCACAUAAUGCUUCGCUUUUACAGUCAAUCUUGCAGGCGCCGAGCAUAAAUAUGAUCGGCAACCCUCAAUCCGAGGAUACUUGGCAAAAGCCAUAUAUCCAAUACCUCAAAAAUGCGGAACUUCCACUGGAAGUAAAAGACACUAAAAAGUUUAAGCGACAAGCAUCUUUCUUUACAUUGUUGAAUGACGAAUUGUAUCGGCGAGGUUACUCUCGACCAUUAUUGAAAUGCUUAGACAGAUCAGAGGCCGAAAUAGCCUUGGCUGAGGUUCACGAGGGCAUCUGUGGAACACAUUCAGGAGCAAGGAGGCUAGCACGCAAGAUUCUCCGUGCCGUUGAACACCCUCAAUCCAAUGGUUUAGCAGAAGUUGCCAACAAGGUCCUCCUCCAAGCUCUACGAAAGAAACUCGACAACGCUAAAGGCUUAUGGGCCGAGCUUAUUCCAGAGAUCUUAUGGGGAUACAAUACCUCGGUACAUUCAACAACUAAGGAAACACCAUUCCGUUUGGUGUAUGGUUCGGAUGCAAUGAUUCCAGUCGAGAUAUCACAAAACUCCCUAAGAACGCAACAUGAAGCCCAUGAUGAUGCCCGCCGAACCGAGCUUGACUUGGUUGAGGAGGUGCGAGCCAUAGCAGCAAUUCGGCAAAAAGCAUUGCAGCAACAAAUAGCUCAACGCCAUUGA